AUAUAAAUUUGACACACAUCAAAAAGUAACUACGUUUUCAGUUUUUUUUUGUAUGAAAUGUUUUUAAAUCAUUUUAAAAUAUCAAAAAAUAUCUGAGGUUUACUCGACCUGUUCCCGGAUUGUGCAAAAUGUUAUUUGAAACUAUAAUAAUGUUAUUUUUCACUACAUUAUGUGAUUGUCAGAGAUCCUAUGACAACUAUACUUUAUUCCGAGCGAUACCUGUAAAUGAGGACCAGCUGCGAUUCUUGGAAUCGCUACCAGAUAUGUAUGACGCCCAGAUGUGGAUAUUUCCAUCACAAGUUUUGAGAAACGUUGAUUUCACAAUAUCACCUGAAGACAAGGUGAAGUUCAUGUUGGAAGCCAACCAAAGCCAAAUGUACUUAACGACUAUAACUACAGAUGUGCAAAAACUAUUCAACCAGCAAACAGUGAAGUCGUACGUAAGGCGACAAAUGACGACAUUUGAUUGGAACAACUACUAUCGCACCGACGACAUCUACGAAUGGUUAAAAGACUUAGCUUCAACAUACAACACUGUAGUGAAACUGUUUACCAUUGGAACGACACUGGAGAAACGACCUAUUUAUGCAGUUGAAAUAUCGCACACAUCAAAUACUAUUCCUGAUUCCAGGUCUACGGUCGUCGUCGAAGGCGGAAUUCACGCCAGGGAGUGGAUAUCCACGGCAUUCGUCACAUAUUUGCUUUAUAAAAUUUUGCACGCCCCAGCAGAAGCAGACGAGAACUUCCAAAAAAUUGCUUUUGCGUACAAUUGGGUGUUUGUACCACUACUCAAUCCUGAUGGUUAUGAGUAUUCUCAUACUAAGGAUCGACUGUGGCGCAAGAAUCGUAAUAAUAAUAAUGGUGUGGAUAUAAACAGAAAUUUCGAUAUCGCUUUUGGAACCAUCGGAAUAAGUAAACAUGAGACAUCUGAAAUUUAUUGUGGAGCCAAAGCUUUUUCUGAGCGUGAAUCAGUAGCUAUGUAUAAUCUUCUAGAAAAAUACAAUGGCACUGUGGAGUAUUACAUGGCAUUCCAUUCUUUCGGACAAUACUUGAUAAUACCGUACGCUCACGUGAAAGAUCAUCUUGAGAAUUUUGACGAUGUUAAAGCAAUAGGAUUGGAAAUGAUAGAGGCAAUCAAGAGAAGACACGGUACGAAUUAUGUCGUCGGUACCGCUUAUGAUACAGUCGGUUAUCAAACAUCAGGCGUGAGUGGGUGUUGGGCCAAAAAGGCAUAUCGUAUACCGUACGUCAUGACAUUCGAGUUACGAGACACCGGCGUGGAAGGAUUUGCUCUGUCUCCGAAGUAUAUCGAGCCGACUUGCAAGGAAACCGUGGAUGGGAUUGUAGUAUUCUUAAAUGGCAAAAAAAGGAGUGUGAAAUCGUUACACGAAAACAAUUCAAGCAAUGAAGCUCAUUUGAAAAAUGUGGUUUUGAUACUUAACUUUGUUUUGUUUAUUACAUUGUGUUUCGACUAUUUGAUGGCAUUUUUAUUUCAUGACUAG